AGUGCUGCUGGAGGAGAGUCGCGCUCACCGCAGCUGGAAACAGCUGCCCCCGCCCCGAGCCCCUAUCCAGACUCCGGCAAACCGCUCCCACUUCGCGCCUCUCAGAAUUCCAGAACUCCGGCGGCCGGCCCCUGGAGAACCGCAGCCGGUGCAAUGCAUUCCGUAGACCUCACCAAGCCGGGACGGACCUCCUAAUCUCCAGAACUGCGGGCCGCAGGGAGUUAAAUUGCUGCCUUCCUCUCCUUCUCUCUUGCGGUUGGUGGCUUGUUUUCUAAAGGAACGUUUUAUCCACUUUUUAGUAUUUUCUCUCGGGGGCACCGUACCCUCCUCGGUCCAGACGCUGCUUCGUAAACGCGUUUUCUAUGUAUGUAUGUGUAGAUAUACUUUGGACACCUUACGACGCUUGCGCCUCUCCAACAGGGGCACGGCUUGUGAUUUCGGACACCCUUUAGCUCCUUCCAUUUGGCAUCCUGAACGCAGUGUGACCAAACUCACUACUACCCCUUGGAAGUGGAUCGCCUUGGGGUGCAAGUUUGGGGUGCACACCUACUUCGCAGGAGGGCCUGGGACCGCCCCGCCCCCGCCGCCAGCGGUUGGGGAAGUUUACAUCUGGAUCUUCACACAUUUUGUUGCCACUGCCCAGACUCUGACUAACCUUGUGGGCGCAGGGUUUUCUGUACUGCAGCCUCCUCAAAUAUUAGCACUGCCUCCCCGCUCCUGCCCUAUCCCUCCUUGCCGCCGAGGUCCUGCCCUCGACCCGGCGGAGUGCGAUUCGGAGGGCGCCGUGGAGCCUAGGGCCCGGGGCCCGCGCUGAGCUGCUAUGGCUGCGGCGAUAGCCAGUUCCUUGAUCCGGCAGAAGCGGCAGGCGAGGGAGUCGAACAGCGACCGGGUGUCGGCCUCCAAGCGCCGUUCCAGCCCCAGCAAAGACGGGCGCUCCCUGUGCGAGAGGCACGUCCUCGGGGUGUUCAGCAAAGUGCGCUUCUGCAGCGGCCGCAAGAGGCCCGUGAGGCGGAGACCAGAACCCCAGCUGAAAGGAAUUGUGACAAGGUUAUUCAGCCAGCAGGGAUAUUUCCUGCAGAUGCACCCAGAUGGUACCAUUGAUGGGACCAAGGACGAAAACAGUGACUACACCCUCUUCAAUCUAAUUCCUGUGGGCCUGCGCGUGGUGGCCAUCCAAGGGGUGAAAGCCAGCCUCUAUGUGGCCAUGAAUGGCGAAGGCUAUCUCUACAGCUCAGAUGUUUUUACCCCAGAAUGCAAAUUUAAGGAAUCCGUGUUUGAAAACUACUAUGUGAUUUAUUCUUCCACACUGUAUCGCCAGCAAGAAUCGGGCCGAGCAUGGUUUCUGGGACUCAAUAAAGAAGGUCAAAUUAUGAAGGGAAACAGAGUGAAGAAAACCAAGCCCUCUUCACAUUUUGUACCAAAACCUAUUGAAGUGUGUAUGUACAGAGAACCAUCACUACACGAAAUUGGAGAAAAACAAGGACGUUCGAGGAAAAGUUCUGGAACACCAACCAUGAAUGGAGGCAAAGUCGUGAAUCAAGAUUCAACAUAGCUGAGAACUCUUCCCUUCUUCCCUCUCUUAUCCCUUCCCUUACUCUUUCCUUCCCUUUCCCCAUGUCCUUCCAAUAAUCCACCCAAGGAGAGAAAAAUAAAAUGGCAAUGCAGGACCUAGUAGCUAAGAUUCUGCACUCAAAAUCUUCCUUUGUGUAAAAUGAGAAAAGUGAACCAAAGCUUGCCUGUUGCAAUGUGGUAGAAAAUUCACAUGCACAAAGAUUAGCAUACAUAAAAGCAAAGGAAAAAUAAAUCAGGACUCCACAAACAUCAAACUGUGUUGUUCUUAAUAGAGGGCUACUUCAUAAAUAACUACAAUAAAGAUGAAAAGAAGUUACCUAGAAGGAAAGGGUUUUUGAGAACUGAACUCACAAACUGAUCUUAGAUUCUAAAUGGCUUAAACUUUUGAUAAUGCUGUGAUAUGUGGUUUUGUUUGUUGUUGGUUUUUUUUGUUUGUUUGUUUUGGACAUCUAGAAUUGACACACAAUUACAUACUUUCUCUAAGAUUUUUUUAGCCAUGAAUUGAACAUGUAAAUUACACUUUUUUUAAUGCCUGUAAGGUGUAUAGCCAGGAACUAUUUAACAUCAAGGAAAAUUUCAAAAAAUUACUCUUGAACCUAUUAAGAUUGGUUUUUUUUUGGCAAAAGAUUAAUCUUGUAUUGAAUCUAAUGGUAUUAGUUGACUUAUAAAUUCCUUUAUAAACAAGAGUUUCAAAUUCUCCUAAGAGAAUAUAUUUUUAUCAAAGUUAUUAAUACAAGAUAUUAUUUUAUUUUUUAGUCAUUUAGAAAACAUUCUUUUCCUAAU